GCCUUCGUCUGCGGCAGAGGCGAUCGCUGUGUUUGUGUCGUUUCCAUUGAUUCACCGUCGUUACAGUGGACAGAAGAGAAAGAAAGAAAUAAACCCUAGAGAAGGCAUUGAAGAGAUGAUUCUUCGCAGAAUCGCAGCCGCGAGCAGGUCAUACUACACUAGCAGGACGAAUAAACCGAGCCUGUACUCGAAAAUCAGUCCCCUCGGAAAUCCCAACACCAGUGUGGUUCCGGUGCUCGACGAUUGGGUGUACAAGGGGAACAAGGUCCGAGUCGCAGAACUUCAACGCAUCAUUCGUGACCUUCGCAAACGCAGUAGGUUCUCCCAAGCUCUCCAGGUAUCUGAGUGGAUGUACAUGAAUGGUGCGUGCAUAUUCUCUCCAACGGAACAUGCGGUGCAUUUGGAUUUGAUUGGCAAUGUUCAAGGAUUCUCUGCUGCAGAAAGCUAUUUUGAUGCCUUGAGGGAUAUAGACAAAACCCAUCAGACCUACGGUGCUCUCUUGAAUUGCUACGCUCGCCAGCGUGAAAUUGACAAGGCCCUCUCUCAUUUUCAGAAAAUGAAGGAGUUGGGGUUUGCUUCGUCUCCUCUAACUUACAAUGUCAUUAUGUGUAUGUAUGCAAAGAUUGGACAGCAUGAGAAGGUUCCUGAUGUUCUAAGUGAGAUGAAAAAGAACCAAGUCAUGCCUGACAACUUCAGCUACAGGAUCAGUAUAAAUUCUUAUGGUGUGAGGUCUGAUUUUGGUGGAGUGGAAAGAGUGUUGAAAGAGAUGGAGACUCAACCACACAUUGUGAUGGACUGGAACACUUACUCUAUCGUGGCCAAUUUUUAUAUAAAAGCUGCGUUUAGACGUGAGGCAGUUUCUGCCCUAAAGAAAUCUGAGGAGAGGCUAGGUAACAAAGAUGGCGAGGGUUACAAUCAUCUUAUCUCUAUGUAUGCUCGACUUGAACUCAAGAAUGAGGUUAUGAGAAUAUGGGAUCUGGAGAAAAGUGCUUGCAAGAGGUGCAUAAACAGAGAUUUCACAACCAUGUUAGAAUCUCUGGUAAAGCUUGGGGAGCUUGAUGAAGCUGAGAAAAUACUUACGGAAUGGGAAUCCUCCGGCAAUUGUUAUGAUUUUGGAAUCCCUAGUAUUGUAAUCAUUGGGUAUGCACAAAAAGGUUUGCAUGAGAAAGCCGAGGCCAUCCUCCUAGAGUUACAAAAUAAGGAAAAGUUCACAAGCCCAAACUGUUGGUCGAUGGUGGCAGGUGGAUAUCUUCAUAAAGGUGACACGGAGAAGGCAUUGAGAUGUUUUAAAACUGCCCUCUCUAUGUACGUGGAAAAUAAAGGAUGGAAGCCGAAUGCAAAGGUGGUUGCAGAAUUGUUGCGUUGGAUUGCUGAUAACGGCAGUAUUGAAGAUGCAGAAGAUUUCAUCAGAUUGUUAAGAGAGGCCGUCCCAGUGAAUAGACAAGUAUAUCAUACCCUAAUCAAGACUUAUGUGCGAGAUGGUAAAGAAGUGGAUGAGCUUCUGGACAACAUGGAGAAAGACGGCAUCGUUGAAAACGAAGAAACUAAGAAAAUAAUUAACAUCAGGAGUGCAUGAAUUUUGAAACUUAGUUAUUCAUUUCUUCUGCAGUUCAAUCUUCAUGGUUGGUUUAUUCUGGGAUCAUUUUACUAGGAUUGAGUCAAGGAUCGAUUGAUUUAUUCUUGGAGUUCAACCAAGUCCUUGAGAGUGAUGGAUAGUAUCUAAAGCGAUGCGGUUAGGGGCGAAAUUGAAGUGUAAAACAUUGAUCGAAAGGUCUCAUUUUUCCACCUUUUCUGUAUGGUCAUCCAAGUCUUCAAGAUUCUCAGUCUUUAGGUGUGUCCCCAAAACGAAAAUCUGCGCGUGCAUUGAGAAGUUGAAAAAUUUUUUUUAGUAGUGAGGAGGAUAAUGGUUCUUCACGAGAUUUCAAAGAAGCUCAUGGAAAUACGAGGUGGAGUCAAAUGCUUGCAGGUUCACUUAAACAAGUAGGAGUUGCACUCCCAGUAGGGUGCUGUAAAAACUGCGGGACAUGCCAAUUGCGAAAUCAAUGUUACUUUCAAAUCUUUGUCUGUUCUUUACGACAUAAUUUAAAAAGUUUGUUUAUUUAUUUAUUUAUUAUUUAAACGUUCUCUUUAAAAUCGAAUAAUUUACAAAGUAAAUUAUUUGGUUUGAGGAAUGGUUUUAUUUUUUUAAUAAUUAAUUAGUCAAGAUAGAGUUGAGUUUGUUGUCCUCAUUGAAUGUAUCUGUUAAAUGAGUUACGUCUUCA